AUGUCAGACAACAUAAAUCGAGAUCUUGUCCAAUGGCUGGAGCCAAGAAUAUUUCCUCUCACAAAAGAAAAGACGCAAAAUACGCAUUUGUAUUAUCAGUGGUCAUCUAAUAACCGUGAUAAUCCCCGUGAACCUUAUCAACAUAUGACAACACUUCAUCAAUACCUGCAAAAUAUUGGGGAGUAUCUUCUAGAAACCGAAGAAAGCGAAUUUGAAUAUGUUCCGAAGAAUGUGCUUUGCUCGGCUAUUGAUGUUUUGGUUACAAGUGCUUCUGGUAAUGAAUUAUCAAAGGCCAAAUUAUAUUGUGAUCUCUUUAAUGAACUUACCGAUCAAGCAAAUAGCGCAAAUAAAGCUUUUUAUGAUGAACGUGAUAGAGCAGCCGCUGAUGCACCUGCUCAAAAUCAAAAUCGUCCAAAUCGAAGUAAUGACCGUGACGAGGACGAAUUUGAUAUUGAUUCAUUUAUUGACGGUGUACAAUUCUCAUCAAACUAG